AUGAUCACAGGGAUCCAGAAAUUUCUACUCUUUCUUCUUCUAAUUUCGACGGCUCUUCCUACGCGGCUUAUAGCGUACCCAUCCAGAUAUAAGAAAUCCCGUUACUUAUUCAUGACCAGAAGAAUGAUUCCAAAACCGAAGGAGGAUGCAAAUGAUUCCAGGAAAGAUUUGCAGGAUAUGAUUGCAGCUACUCGCAAGUACUGUUCUUGUGGACAGCCCGUUCUUCAGAGCAGAUUUUGUAAUCAAGACUUCAUAAUUUUGGCGUACGUGAAUGUGGAAAGACAAAGACCUUUUUGGGGCUUAUCUCAAAUUGCUGAAACAAAUCAUUCCAGUCCUGGGUUUCCGUAUUCCGGAACUAUCAUUCCGAGCAAAGUGGUCAAGGACAUUAGAGGACCACUUAAGAAAGAUCAACACCUCAAUAUCUACUUCAUUCAGGGCUCUCAUUGUGGGGUAUCGGAUGAUGCUCUUCCUCGUCGAAGUGGAAAAUAUGUCUUAUUCGGUUUCCGCAUAGAAUUGCCAGGAUGUAAGGGUGCUUCCUGCCACCUUCCAAAUGAAAUCUUUGCUGUGACUCGCUGUGGAUGGAGUCAGCCAAUUGAAGACCUAACCAUCACACAAAUAAGUGGUCUCUUUCUCAAAGGUUACAACUGCGGCACAAAGCAAUGCACAGUAAGUUGA